UAGACCACCGUAUGCAACCGUGUUAUAUGGAGGCGGCGUUUUCGUUGUUGUGUCAAAACAAUACGAGACCAGCAGAAUAUCAGCACACCCAUCGGCCAGCGUAGAUAAAGGCACAAGCUAGCAAAGAUUAGGAUUUAUUUUGCCCACCGCGACCCACAAACCAGAUCUGAUCCCAACCAGAGAUCACCCCAAGCACACAGCGGCAAUGAAAAUCACAGUGACCACCAGCGAUGACAAGGUCUUCUGUUUGGACGUGGCCCAGGAUCUGGAGCUGGAGAAUCUCAAGGCUCUCUGUGCGAUGGAGAUCGGUGCAGAUGUGACCCAAAUAGUCGUAAUAUUUAAUGGGCGCGAGCUUUCCAUUGACAAACAGACGCUCCAACAGUGCGGCGUCGGUGAUGGCGACUUCAUUAUGCUGGAACGACGCAGGAGCGCCAAUCGCUCAGGUGGCGGGAAUCCAGCGAUCAGCACGCUGGACUUCAGCAGCAUCGCAGUGCCGGGCACGAGUUCUGGCGGCAGUCCACCUUCACGGAGUGCCCAGUCGCAGGGAUUGCAACAGACACAAUUCAACAAUCUCACAGAUAUUCCCAUGACCGAUGAGUUUAAUGUGAACUUCGAUGACGACCCAGCGACAGUACGCCAGAUGUUUCUGUCUAGUCCCGAGACACUGUCGCUACUCCGGCAAUACAAUCCACGUUUAGCAGAGGCAAUCGAUUCCGGCGAUCAGGAAACCUUUGCUCGUCUGCUCCGCGAGCAUAUUACGGAGCGAAAGCGGCGAAAUGAGCAGCGUAUGCGUAUGCUGAACGCCGAUCCCUUCGAUGAGGCGACACAACGCCUAAUUGCAGAGGAGAUCAAACAGAAGAAUAUCCAGGAUAACAUGGCGGCAGCCAUUGAAUACAAUCCGGAGAUCUUCGGCACCGUCACUAUGCUUUAUAUCAAUUGUAAAGUGAAUGGAUUUCCGGUUAAAGCCUUUGUGGACUCUGGCGCCCAGACCACGAUCAUGAGCAAGGAUUGUGCCGAACGAUGCCACGUCAACCGGCUGAUUGACACGCGUUGGAACGGUGUGGCCAAGGGUGUUGGCACACAGCCCAUUCUUGGCAGGAUUCACAUGGUGCAGCUACAGAUUGAGAAUGAUCAUCUAACGUCUAGCUUCACAGUGCUGGGCCAGCAGCCCAUGGACAUGUUGCUGGGUUUGGAUAUGCUGAAGAGACAUCAGUGCCUAAUUGACUUGCAGCGGAAUCUUUUGAUUAUCGGUACCACGGGUACAACGACUCCAUUUUUGCCGGAGAGCGAGCUGCCGGUCAGCGCCCGGCUCACAGGAAACUCUGAGGAAUCGAUGGAGCAGGAGGCCAUUGCCAAUGCCAUUGAGCAGAGCAAGCGAGAGGGUGGCGGCGGCGGAAGUGGCGCUGGGGGUGGACCCAAUACAAUUCAGCCACUAGACCGUUUCACCGAACAGGACGUCACCGAUCUCAUGGCCCUAGGAUAUCCACGCAGCGAUGUGCUCACCGUGCUGCGGAUGUGCGGCGGCAACAAACAGGCGGCUAGCUCCGUGCUGCUGAACCGCAACGCUGCCGCCUCGGGAGCCGAACUCAGCUGAACACGGCUAGAUCCACAGUACACAACACCGCAUACCGAAAUCCCCACAGACAAAAACCAUAUUGCUAUACGAUGAACAUGUAGAACCCCACUAAAUGGAUGCCGUUCCAACGAAAUACUCCGAGCAAUACCAAAAAUAAUCCACGCCACAAGAAAUGUCAAGUAAGAAACAGUAAGACGGUAAUACACACAACAACAACUAACAAGCAAUGAAAUCAGAAACGAAAAUCUUUCUAAUUUAGUAAAAUUUUUAUAAACUGAAGCCACUUUUUUAUACGAAUCGUUUGUUACGAUGUACAAUAUCUAAUUAUGGUGUUUUUCCAGCACCGGAUCAUUUUUAAAGCAGAACAAGGGUUGGUUUUUUCUAGAGAAUAUUGAGAGAAUUAAAAUAGGCGAUUUAGUCUAAAAACUUAAGACAGAAGUAAUGGAUAAAAAAAAUGGAUGGUGACGGAAGCAAGCCGCAUCAACGAAAAUAUAAACGGAAAUAAGUACGCCUGACUAUUUAAAUAUAUUACAAUUAUACACAAUUUGAACUAGUAUUAAGGCUCUGUCAAGAAAAACUGAAAUGGGUUCAAUAAAAGGUCGAGAGUAUUGUUUUGGAUUUGAAAAGAAAA